AUAAACAUGAGGAUACGGUCACCCUAGGGCGCACCGCAGUAACUUUGUGUGUAACUCUUUCCCACUGUACCCACGAGACUCAACUCUUCACACCAGUGCCAGUCGGACCUGUAUGGCCCCAUCGAUCGCCAUGUCAGCUUUGACCGCUGCUUUGAAAACCGAAGAUCUCUCUCCCCGCUCGGUUCUCGUCAGCAGAGGUGAGAUGCAGACCAGCCUGAGCCCCGCAGAGGAGCCCGUCAAGCCCAAAGUUGCUAUUUUGCCCUUCAGCGUCGAGGCGCUCAUGGCUGAUAGGAAGCCCAGCAGAGAGGUAGCAUCCCCGGAUGCCCCGUCCGUCCCCGGGACGUCCCAUGCGCUGGGAAAGGGGAUGCGAAUGGGCUCUUUUGGAAGUCUGGAUACUUCAGUUCCUGUUUUACCCAUGAGCUCAUCGUUCUCAGUUGGCGACAUCAUGAACAUGCCAGAAGACGUGUUGAUUAAACCGGAGAGCCCGGACAGUAACGACAGGACUUCAUGGCUACAGAGUCCUCGUUUCUCUCCAACACCUCCACGAAGGCUGAGUCCUCCAGCUUGUCCCCUGCGAAAACACAAGACGAACAGAAAGCCCCGGACCCCCUUCACGACGUCCCAGCUGCUGGCCCUGGAGAGGAAGUUCCGCCAGAAGCAGUACCUUUCCAUCGCCGAGCGCGCAGAGUUCUCCAGUUCCCUCAACUUGACGGAGACCCAGGUCAAAAUCUGGUUUCAGAACAGGAGAGCCAAAGCCAAGCGGCUGCAGGAGGCAGAACUUGAAAAACUGAAAAUGGCAGCGAAGCCUAUGCUGCCUCCGGCUUUCGGGAUUUCCUUUCCUCUCGGUGCGCAUGUCCCCGGGUCCUACGCAGGGUCUCACCCGUUCCAGAGGCACUCGCUGCCGGUUUCCCCAGUGGGACUGUACGCCGCUCACGUCGGAUACAGUAUGUACCACCUCGCUUGACAUAGACCGAGGACGACGGGGCACGUGCAGUGGGACACAAGGGGGGUUUAGACUACUUUCUGAUGGGCCUCGAACGAGAGAGGGGGCUCACUUCGGACAGGUGAGGUGACACUAAACGCGAAAUAAAGAGGCAUCCUGGCGGUGAGCUCAGUGUCACAACUUGUCAAGGGGCAAGACCCCCACACAGACCCCCUUCUGAGGACCUUGAAGUUUAUCCACUUCUCUUGACCUCGCCAGUAAGUUCACUCACUGCAAAAAUAAUCCAAUUUUUUUAGUCAUUUAAUCUUGAGUCCUAAAUCUGUCAAUCGACUUCAUUAUAAAAUUUAAGAGCGUGUUGAUAUUAAUCUUAUGUCAGAAAAUAAGACUAAAUGACUUUAAGAUGGAUUUUUUUUUUGCUGUGCUGAUGUGGAAACAAUUCAGUACCUGUAGGCCAAUGAUAUAUCACAAAUGGACAGUUUGGACACUAGGCUGUGUGCCUCCAUCAGCAGGUAAAAGGCUUUUAAACCAGCCUCUAUGAGACUAAUGCGCAGCUCCACAUUUUGCGCCAACAAACUCACUACGUUGGGCUUCCAUCGCAUCAUGUGGGCUGCUGGCACACUGCAAAAUCAAACAUAUGUGUUUGCAUUAAUAUCAAUGCGUAACUACAGUGGGCUACUGAGUCAAGUGUCAAUGAAUGCUCUUUGUGAAUUUGGAGAACCACAGCAUUUGUUUUUUUAUAACAGCACUGUCUGUUGUUGGAAUGAUUCCCUUCGGAAGGGAUAUGUGUACUGUAAAAUAAUGUAUAUUUGAAGAAUAUCCUCAUUUAUAUUAUGAAUAUAUUUGUGACAUAACUUAACAAUAAAUUGUUUAUUCUUUUUCAUUAA